AAGUCGUUCCAUUGAACGAUGGCCUCCAUUAGUUUGUUAAACCCGAAGGCAGAAUUUGCCCGUGCAGCUCAAGCAUUGGCAAUUAACAUCACCGCUGCGAAAGGCAUCCAGGAUGUGAUGAAGACAAAUCUCGGCCCGAAGGGAACAAUGAAAAUGCUGGUUUCGGGUGCCGGUGACAUCAAAAUAACCAAGGACGGUAAUGUGCUGCUGCACGAGAUGCAGAUCAAGCACUCGACCGCAUCUUUGAUUGCCCGUGCCAGUACGGCCCAGGACGACGUAACCGGAGACGGCACUACUUCGAUCGUGUUGAUUAUUGGCGAGCUGCUGAAACAGGCUGACCUGUACAUUGGGGACGGUCUUCAUCCGCGCAUUGUUGCCGAAGGGUUCGAUCAGGCCCGUCUGCAAGCGUUAGAAAUUCUGGAGCAGAUUGCCCACCCGAUCGAGAUUAAUCGUGAAAAUCUGCUCAAAGUUGCUCGCACAUCGCUACGCACCAAGGUACACCCGGAUCUGGCCGAUCUGUUGACGGAUGUGUGCGUCGACGCGGUGCUGGCUAUUCGAAGCGAUGGCAAGCCGGUCGAUUUGCACAUGGUGGAGUUGAUGGAGAUGCAGCACAAAUCGGCAACCGACACGCAGUUGGUGAAGGGUAUUGUGAUGGAUCAUGGCGCCCGUCAUCCGGACAUGCCAAAGCGCGUUACCAACGCGUACAUUCUCACGUGUAACGUAUCGAUGGAAUACGAAAAGUCGGAAGUAAACUCGGGCUUCUUCUACAAAACUGCCGAGGAGCGGGAAAAAUUCGUUCUGGCCGAGCGCGAGUUUAUCGAGGAGCGUGUCAGGAAGGUGAUCGAGCUGAAGCGUAAAGUGUGCGAAGGUACGGACAAAUCGUUCGUCGUCAUCAACCAGAAGGGUAUCGAUCCGAUGUCGUUGGAUUUGCUGGCCAAGGAGGGGAUCGUAGCGUUGCGCCGUGCCAAGCGCCGUAAUAUGGAACGUCUAGCAUUGGCCUGCGGUGGUAUGGCAAUGAAUUCGUUCGACAACAUGGACGAAUCGUGCCUCGGGUAUGCGGGACUCGUGUACGAGCACGUGCUGGGCGAGAACAAGUACACUUUCGUGGAGGACUGCAAGAAUCCGCUGUCGGUGACGAUUCUAAUGAAGGGCCCGAACAAGCACACACUCGCCCAGAUUAAGGAUGCGAUUCGUGAUGGAUUACGCUCGAUUAAUAAUGCGGUCGAGGAUAAGAAACUGGUGCCCGGUGCGGGUGCGUUCGAGGUCCGUGUGCACAACAAGCUGCGCGAGUACGCCAAGACGGUGAAGGGCAAGACGAGGCUGGCGAUUCACGCUUACGCUGACGCUAUGCUCGUGAUUCCGAAGAUUUUGGCCGUGAACAGUGGGUACGAUGCGCAGGACACAAUUGUGAGACUGCAGGAGGAGGGGCUGCUGAAUGAGGAUCCGAUUGGGCUGGAUCUGUCCACCGGCGAACCGAUGAAACCGGUCGAUCUGGGCAUUUUCGACAACUACAUCGUGAAGAAGCAAAUUCUCAACUCGUCCACCAUUAUUGCGGUUAAUAUUUUGCUGGUGGAUGAGAUUAUGCGUGCCGGCAUGAGUAGCCUUAAGGGUUAAGCUUUGCCUUC